AUGGCCCUUCCGGCAAAAGUGGUGCAGCAGCAAACUGCCCAAGAUCUGGCAUUGCCAGAAAACGUGCUCAACACGAUUUACAGCUUUCUUGGCGUGAUUGCGACGACGAUGUUCGUCAACAUGGGGACCUUCAUCGCUGGCAUCAUCAGGGACAACAACGCAACACAACUAUCGAAUUUGAAAACAAACCUUCAAAGCCUGGACGAGAAAGUCGAGGGACUCAGGAACAAGGUCGAUGGGCUCAAAGAGCAGAUGGUGACCAAGGCUGACCUCGAUCAGAAGGUCUCCGGACUGAAAGAGCAGAUCGUGACCAAAACUGACAUCGCUCUUUUCGUUGUGUUGGCUGGUCUUGCGAUGCUGAUUUUGAAUUCCGUUUCCAUUUCUGUGAAGGCGUGA